AUGCCCUCCCGAGAGCUGUCAGAGGCGCGAGUGGUUGAGAUGGCCAACAUUCUUGGAAUAAUCGGCACCCUUGGCUGGACCGCCCGCCUGCUCUUCCAACUCCACAACAACAGCCGCCGCAGACGGGUCCUCGAGAUCGACGGUUGGAGGAAAGGGUCCCUCGUCUCGCUGGUUUCAUUGCCGUGGUUCCUGUGGGGCGUCUUUUCUCAAAUGGCGACCGGUAUGCACGCCGUCACCAUGUCCUACAACCUCUCCAUGAUCAUCCAGCCGCACAUAAACGUGCUGGCCAUGUUCAUCUUGUUCGCGCAGAUCUUCACGUAUGAAUUUGGAUCAUCCGUGUGCGUCGCUUUGGUUCUCCUAGCCGUCAUGAUGGCCAUGAUCGGUUCCUUCGAAGCCACGUACAUUAUCCACGCCAAGACCAUGUGCAAGCUUGACUCGAGCCCGAAUUGCGCGAUUGGCACGGCCAUCGUGGCAGUUGCGUUUCUGGCAUGGGGAUGGCUGCCGCUGUAUAUUGAGAGCUGGAGGCACCAGGGUCGUGCUGUGUCUGUUGGUUGGAUCGGUCUGACGUUCGGCAUGUUCGGGGCGUUGAACUCGUGCUUCUCGAUGGUUGUGCAGCAACCAUACAACAUACUCAAUCCCGCGCUGUAUAUGUCGACUUUCGUCCUGGAAUUCGGCCUCCUCCUCGCCCACGUGGGGUGGCUCUACCGAACCCGCGCAGCGCGUAGAGACGCGGCAGCCCAAGGCAUCAGCUUUGAUGAACUGGCCAACGAUUAUGCGAAGAAUGGCCUCUUCUUCAAAUGGUCUGCGAGCAGGAAGUGGACGCCUGGUCAGGAGGCUGUUCAAACAGCCACGCCGCCGCCGAGAAGAGUGGUUGAACACGGCUUUAUAAGACCUCAAACGGGGAACCACCCAACCGCAGGUAUCAAGAAGUAUAUCGAAAUAGACGGGCUAGGCAUACUUCUCACCAGACCAAAGAUCGUAAAGAACAUGUGCCGAAGUUGA